AUCAGACCCCCUGGGCCCCCGAGCUGACGACGGUGAAUCUUCUCUCCCCUCCCCCCACAAUCCCUUUCCCUUCCUCUCCUGCCCCCCCAAAAUUCCCCUUUCGCAGUCGACAUAAAGGCCUCUGAGGUAUUCUCCCGGGGGAAGAAAUGGCAUUUUCUCUCCCCCUUCCCACUCCCCACCCCCAAUAGGACUGGUGUGUCGGCAGAGGCGUCUGCCGAGGGCUAAUUUCGCGUUCCUUGUUUACGAUCGAGAAAAGCGCUUGGCUCUCCCCAAAUGGGCCCAGCCCGCCGCCUGCUCCGGCUGCCGCGCGCUCUCCCGCGGCGCAGGCACGGCCCAGGGGCUGGCGCCCGGGGAACCAGGCUGCGCCGGCCGGGACUCGAGUCUGUGGGACCUGAAAAGGGCAAGGGGAGUACAGUGGGACUGUGGAGGGGCCCGGAAGGCCCGAAAACGGGAGCCUUUCUCUUGGCGUAUUGUGGGAACCGCCGACCGGACGUCCUCCCUAACGUCGCCCUCAAUUCCACCGCCUAUGAUCCAGUGAGGCAUUUCUCGACCUAUGGAGCAGCCGUUGCCCAGAACCGGAUCUACUCGACUCCCUUUUAUUCGCCACAGGAGAAUGUCGUGUUCAGUUCCAGCCGGGGGCCGUAUGACUAUGGAUCUAAUUCCUUUUACCAGGAGAAAGACAUGCUCUCAAACUGCAGACAAAACACCUUAGGACAUAACACACAGACCUCUAUCGCUCAGGAUUUUAGUUCUGAGCAGGGCAGGACUGCGCCCCAGGACCAGAAAGCCAGUAUCCAGAUUUACCCCUGGAUGCAGCGAAUGAAUUCGCACAGUGGGGUCGGCUAUGGAGCAGACCGGAGGCGCGGCCGCCAGAUCUACUCGCGGUACCAGACCCUGGAACUGGAGAAGGAAUUUCACUUCAACCGCUACCUAACACGGCGCCGGCGCAUCGAGAUCGCUAAUGCGCUCUGCCUGACCGAGCGGCAGAUCAAAAUCUGGUUCCAGAAUCGCAGGAUGAAGUGGAAAAAAGAAUCUAAUCUCACGUCCACGCUUUCAGGGGGCGGCGGAGGGGCCGCAGCUGACAGCCUGGGAGGAAAAGAGGAAAAACGAGAAGAGACAGAAGAGGAGAAGCAGAAAGAGUGACCAGGACUGUCCUUGCCACCCCUCUCUUUCCUUCUCCCUUGCUUACCCCAACUCUCCCCUAAUCACACACUCUGUAUUUAUCACUGGCACAAUUGAUGUGUUUUGACUCCCUAAAACAAAAUUAGGGAGUCAAACGUGGACCUGAAAGUCAGUUCUGGACCCCCUCCCUCACCGCACAACUCUUCACCAUGCGCCUCCUCUUCCUAGCUUCCUUGCUAGCUCCUUCUCAGCUUGUCUGCAGGCCCCUUUCCCCGCCCAGGCCUUGGGGGCUCUUAGUCCCUGAACCUCGCUUCAGACUCCACAGAUUUCCCUCCAAAUGAGGACUUGACUCCCCCCACCAGUCCCUGGACGUUCCCUACCCCCCACCCCCGCGCCCAGAGCGGGCUCUCGGGCCUGGGGCCUCUGUUCCCGGGCCUUAGGGCCUGGCCUGGCAGCCCGGGAGAACCGGAGGCCCAAGGAGGGCGCGCCUGGGCCCCAGAGCAACCCCCAGGGCCUCCCCGCAACCCCUGCCCGGCCCCUCUGCCCCAGCAAAUGCCCAGCCCAGGCAAAUUGUAUUUAAAUAUUCCUGGGGGUCAUUAUGGCAUAUUACAAACUGUGACCGUUUCUGUGUGAAUAUUUUUAGCUGUAUUUGUGGUCUCUGUAUUUAUAUUUAUGUUUAGAACCCUCAGUGUUCCGAUCUCAUUUUAAAAAAGGGAAAAAAGAGGGAAGAUUACAAAAAGAAAAAAAAAGUGAAUGAACGUUUGUUUAGCCAGUAGGAGAAAAUAAAUAAAUAAAUCCCCUCGUGUUACCCUCCUGUAUAAAUCCGACCUCUGGAUCCGUUCUCGAAUAUUUAAUAAAACAUAUUAUUUUUAAAAGUUUA